GUUCAUCAUUUGUCUGGAUCCUUAAUCUCUUUGGUUAUAGCAGGUGGAGCCAUGGAUCAAAAGAUGAACCUCCAAGAGGGGACGACUAUGGAUGAUCAGAUCACAGCAGAAGCUCACCUCGAGACGAUUUCUCGCUCAUACGUGAGAUCCUACUCACUCAAGGCCGCCAUUGACCUCGGAAUACCGGACAUCAUCCACAGCCAUGGACAGCCGCUCACUGCUUCUCAAUUGGCCGCCAAGAUCCCCAUCAACCCCCCGGCGGACGCCUCAUGCCUCGAUCGCCUGAUGCGCCUGCUGGUGCACGCCGGCGUGUUCGCCGAAGAAACAAAGCAGACCGACGCCGAAGAAGGAGAGGAAGUUUCGCAUUAUGGAUUGACGCCGGUGUCUAGGCUCUUGCUAAGGGACGGCCGGUAUAAUCUGUCAUCACUUGCGGUGUUGAACCUCCAUCCUUUGGUUGUCUCUGCAUGGGACAACUUGGCAGCUUGGUUGCGAUCAGGGGAGUCUCACCCUACGGCCUUUCAGGCUAAGCAUGGGGAGCCACUGUGGGUCAAGGCGAGCCUCGAUCCUACGAUCAACAAGCUGUUCGGUGAGGCCAUGUCUAGUGUGGCCAAACUGUUCAUGGGUUGCAUGCUUGAAAGGUGUGGUGAAGUUUUCGAGGGAGUGAGCUCGCUUGUGGAUGUUGGGGGUGGGAACGGGACGGUGGCCGCGCUCAUAGCCGAGGCCUUUCCUCACAUCAAGUGCAUGGUGCUGGACUUGCCCCAUGUUGUGGCCGCAUCACCGCCGCGGCAGAACGUUGUUGCCAUCGGAGGUGAUAUGUUGGAGUCGGUGCCACCAGCCGAUGCUGUCCUUCUCAAGGCAAUACUGCACGACUGGGAUGACAAAGACUGCGUGAAGAUACUGAGGCAGUGCAGGGAGGCGAUCCCAGAACCAGGAGGAAAGGUGAUCGUCGUGGACGUAGUAAGGAAGAAAUGGCCUCAUCAAGUGUUCAACGAACUGCAACUGCUAGUUGAUCUACAGAUGAUGGUAAUGAACAACGGCAGGGAACGGACUGAAGAGGAAUGGAAGAAGUUGUUUAUCGAUGCCGGCUUCUCCAGCUAUAAGAUAGUUACCAGCGUCGGCGUCCACUCUCUUAUAGAGGUCCGCCCUUAGAUGGUCGUUGUCGUGCACCAACUUGAAUAAACUCUUUUAGUUGUACUGUGUUA